GAUGUGGCAGCCAUGGUGCAGCUCUUCGGCUACGUGGAUGUGACCGACUCUGGCUUCAUUGCGGCUGUCCUCACCAUCGCCUUUAACCCGCUCUUCUGGAACGUGGUAGCCCGAUGGGAGCACAAAACACGAGUGCUCAGCCGAGUCUUUGGCUCUCCUCAUGCUGCCUGCUACUGCCUGGGCGUUGUUAUCCUGAUGCUGAACUGUGUGCGGAGCCACUGCUUCACAGAAGCCAUGAAGAACCAGCUGAAGCUGGAGGGCUUGGACUGCUACUGGGCCUAUUACUCAGGCUUGGCCAUCUUGGCUGUAGGGACCUUGUUUGUCAUUUCCAGCUUCUUAGCACUGGGAUUCAUCGGGACGUUCCUAGGUGAUUACUUUGGCAUCCUGAUGGAGGCAAAAGUGACCAGCUUCCCCUUCAGCAUCCUGGAUAAUCCCAUGUACUGGGGCAGCACAGCCAUCUACCUGGGCUGGUCCCUCAUGUGA